AUUUGCAGUAGUGUGGUUCGUAUCAAAUGCACAUUGUUCGCAUAAUAUCUAUACAAAAUUCAUUUGCAUUCAUGUUUAAUCGAUUGGUUUUUUGUCAAAAUUCGAUUGAUAUCGAUUCGUUGUGUAAAGUGAAAUUGAAACACCAGUAUACAAAGGAGUACCUCCAUCAUCCAUUCAGCACGACCAGUCUGUUGAUUUAUCGUGCAUGAUUUCCCAUAGGCAAUAUUCAAGUCAUAGGACUUCAAAAUUUUCCAGCAAUAGACACCGGAAAUUGCAGCCAUUCAGAGAAACGUGAGGCAGUGUCAUCGUCGUUCUAUAUGAACGCGAACAGCGAGAAAUUUUCGUUUUAAUUUAGUUCCUUACAAACAAAAAAAAUCAAAAAAAAAAAAAUACACAGAAAAAACGUUAUUUAAUUUACACCAAUAAGUUUUGUUACAACGAUUUUUUCCAACAAAAAAAAUCGAAUGCUUAAUUUUCGUUAAAAUCAAAUACACCUCAAAUACACGUUAGUUACUUCAAACCGCAAACCACGUAAUCCAUUCAGUGCAGGAUUUUCCAUUUGAAAAAAAAAAAAAACACCGCUAAGCCGUCGCUGGAUCAAAAAGUGCAAGCACUAAACGAACCCAGCCCCGUCGCAGAAAAAGCAACAACAUUUUUGUUAUCUUACACCAAGCAAUUCGUAUAAAAUUCGACGCUUAAACGCGUGUUUAAACAUAGUUUUUGCGAACCGUUUUUUAAAAGUGAUAGUCACCACGUUGAGCCGAUUUAUUCAUUACUUUCCCAUGAAUAUACGUAAAACUAUAACCAAUUUCAUAGGACCACAUCAUUGUCGUUAUCGUUUUAUAGUGAAAUAAAACGGGUCAUUUUUCUCCAUCACACAAUACAAAUGAAUUUAUCGAUCGUAGUGCACCGGGGUGUGUUUGCGUGAAAACUACUAAAAUUCGUUGUGUACAUUUGCACAAACAUCGUGUGUAACAACGUCGUGCCGAAGUAAUAUCAAUUGAUGCGCAUCACAAUUUAAGUCCAAUUUCGAGCGAGUGUUGAUGGUGAGAAAUUAGUGAAUGCAAUCGCAUCACAAUUUUUUUCGGUUGUUAAUUGUGUACGAACAGAAGAUUUCAAGAUAUUCGCCGAAGGUUACGGAAGCGAAUCGAAAAAAAUAGUCCUGGAAAAAGAACAGAGAUAGAGAGUGUGUGUGUGUGUGAUAGAGAUCGAGAGAUAGAGUCAAGGUACAAGAGAUUGAAAGAAAUAAAGAUCAUUUUAUCGAGUUAGAAAGAAAAAUCAAAGCAAAAUGGCCACCGUUAACGUAAACCGUGGCGUUACCGAUCUUUUUUACCGUUAUAAAAUGCCGCGCAUUUCCGCCAAAGUCGAAGGCAAAGGUAACGGCAUUAAGACGGUCAUCGUCAAUAUGGUCGAAGUUGCAAAGGCGCUAGGUCGCCCGGCGACUUAUCCAACCAAGUAUUUCGGUUGUGAAUUGGGCGCUCAAACUCAAUUUGAUUACAAGCAUGAACGUUUCAUUGUCAAUGGUUCGCAUGAUGCUGAAAAACUACAAGAUUUACUGGACGGUUUUAUCCGGAAGUAUGUAUUGUGUCCAAAAUGCGAUAAUCCUGAAACUGAUUUGAAGGUGUCAACCAAGAAGGAUACCAUUUCGCAAAGUUGCAAGGCUUGUGGUUUUCAUGGUCCAUUGGAAGUGCACCAUAAGGUCAAUACUUUCAUUAUCAAGAAUCCACCCAAUAUCAAUCCGGCAAUGCAAGGUUCAUCGUUGACCGAAGGAAAGCGUAGCAAGCGAUCAAAGAAAGCCGGUGAAAAUGGCGACAAUUCAACGGUCGAUGGUGAUACAUCGGUCAUGAGCAAUGCCGAUGAAAGUCUUGGUCAAAACGCAAGCGUUGUUGAAGAAGAUGAUGAUACCACAUGGACAACUGAUGUAUCCGAAGAGGCCGUACGUGCACGUAUGCAUGAUUUGACUGACGGUGCCAAACAAAUGACCAUCUCGGAUGAUUUGGAGAAAAGUGAAAAAGAGCGCAUUGAUUUGUUCUACGAAUUUGUGAAGAAACGUCGUGACACAAAUCAAUUGGAUAAUGUGCAAGUGCACAAAGAGAUUCAUGUCGAAGCCGAUCGUUUGGAUAUCACUCACAAAGCAACAUUGGUUUUGGCCGAAUUACUAUUCACUCCAAACAUUAUUCAAGAAGCUCGUAAACAUCGCAAUUUAUUAUUGCGUUUCACGCAUGAAAACCAAAAGGCACAACGUUAUCUCAUGGGGGGUUUGGAGCAAACCAUUUCAUUGAAUUCGGACAAAUUACUGGACAAGGUGGCUGGUAUCUUGAAAUUGUUUUAUGAUGCUGACAUUUUGGAGGAGAAAACCAUUCUGGAAUGGUCGGAAAAAGUCAGUAAAAAAUAUGUAUCGAAAGAAAUGUCUGAGAAAAUCCACGAAAAAGCCAAUCCAUUCGUUCAAUGGUUGCGCGAAGCGGAAGAAGAAGAUGAUUCGGACGAAGAAGACGACUCGGAUCUGGAAAUCGAGUACAAUGAUCGUGCUCAUGUUGAACAAUUGAGUGUUGUGAAACCAUCACCGAUCGCCAAGAAAUCAGCCAACGAUGACGAAGCCGAUGACAUUGAUAUUGACGACAUCUAAAUGCAUAAAAAAACAUACAAACAAAACAAAACUCUGCACCGAAUUUCCGAUUCACAUGGAUUUAUGCUCAACCAUAUAUUACAUUGCACAUUUCUCCCAAUCUAUAUUUGAUAAAAAUGACUUAAUUAGAAUAUCGUUUGCCGUGCAUUUCAACUAAAUACCCUCUUGCAAAACAAAAUCCAUUUUUACUCUUUAUUCAGUUUUUUUCUGCCUCGUUUCUUAUUCGAUUUUAUGUUCUAAGAAUUCUACAGAAUUGAUCACGUAUUUUAGUAAAUUUGAAAUGAAUAUUUGUACUAAAAAUUUGCUAUGGUUCUUCUUGUGCGUGAAAGAAAUCUGUCUAAAUCAUUCAACGAAAACAAAAACAGAACCGAACAUUUUAAAUAAGGAACCAUUUUGUAAUCGCAUAUAUUUUUACUACUGCUAUGCGUAUGCUAUUCUUAAAAUUAUAUAUAUCCUGCAGGAACAUCAAGAAUACCAAGAUUUAAUAAAAUGGCAUUGAAUUUAAUGAAAA